AUUACAAUAGGUCCUGAAACGUGGAUAACGAACAGAUUCUGGGUGUAUAUAUUCACUGUAGUAUAUUUUCAACACGUAUAAUUCACCCGUCCUGCAGAGGCGGCAGACGUGAAUUAUUUUCCGUGAAGAAGAUCGAAGAUGAACUCUCUCUAUCUGUGGCUAGUACUUGGGUGGUUGGCAGCAUUAGCACCCAUUGUGAGAGGGUCUUUCUGUACAAAAAAUGUCACCUGCUUAAAAGUUCAGCGGUAUACGACUAAAUGCGUUUGGUGGAAAUGUAUUCGUUACAGAAUUGUUACCUCAUACUGUACCAAGCAGGUUUGUUGUGCCGGAUGGGAGGGACCAGGUUGUAACCAAGAUGUAGAUGAAUGCAGCAUCAAUAACGGAGGCUGUGUACAUGUUUGUAUCAAUCUACCUGGCUCCUUCCGGUGUGAGUGUGACUCGGGAUACCAGCUGAGACAAGACGGUAUUACGUGUGAAGAUGUAGAUGAAUGCAGCAUCAAUAACGGAGGCUGUGCACAGGGGUGUAACAACCUACCUGGUUCCUUCAGGUGUGAAUGUGACUCGGGAUACCAGUUGGGACAAGACGGUAUUACGUGUGAAGAUAUAAAUGAGUGUAACUUGUUCAAUGGAGGGUGCCAAGACAUUUGUGAGAACACCAUUGGAUCAUUUGUGUGCAGUUGCAGCAGUGGGGAACUCAGCAGCGACGGUCUGAGCUGUGAAUCAAGCAACGAAACAAGCGUUUUCCAGCGAAACAAUAUCCCUCGUAAACUUUUGCCACGAGGGUGUGCUGUGGUCACAUUGACUCGAUGUACAGAGGGCGCUGAUGUGGAAGUCCGUCUUUCGUCCACAGCUGAAUGGUACAAGUUGAACUCUGACCCCAACGUCAUCUUCACACUUGGUAUCGUCUUUAUUGAAGUCAAUGACAUUGCCCUUCCUAUGUCAGUCACAGGUAUGGCAGUACACAACCCGAACGGAAGAUUCAUGAUGAAAAUUGGAUCUUUGAGUUAUGAUGAAUCGCACGGAACCAUGCUGGCAACUGACCGAAACAAAGAUUGUCUUUCAUUUAAUUUAACGCCUAGAGAUGUGUAUGACUUUAUAAAAUCCGGGUCUUUUUUGUCCACUUAUUUAGAGAAUAUUUACAAGGCACUACCGAACUGGUUAAAAUUUUCGUCAACGGGUUUCGAUAUUCUCUCAAUCAAUGAACUGAAGACAGAUCUUUUGCACGGGCGAGAUGUUCAGAAAGUACGGGCAUGUAGUGGUGCGCCUUUGUUCGACAACAAACUGUACUCCAUCUUUCAGUUUGAAAGUGGCUUCAACCUUAGCGUAUAUGGCAACGAAAUAUCUCUCCCCAAACCACUAAAUGGAAAUAAGUUUUGUCUAAUAGUUGACAUAUGCAGAGCCUAUGGCGGCACAAUCUUCCUGAUGUUUCCUCCGGGAUCUAGAGAGCUCCUCAGUCUGCUGAAGGUGAUAAGUAAUAUGGAGGAGAAGGGUGGAUUUAAGUUGGUCCUGAAUGGUAUUGGCCUGUCAGUAGUUAAGGAGAUAAACGUGCACUAUACAGCGUCAGAGUUGACAUUCUGGAAUGGGGAUGAAUUCUUCCAGUACCCAGUUUUCCCAAAAGCUCACAUGUGGCUUGGGGGAAGCGUCACCAAGAACGUCAGCAUCUUCGACAUCUCAGCUGAAACCGAUAUCUACGUAGGGCUUCCUCGAAACCCACUGUCAUUGCUUACCCACGUAUUCCUGGAGGAGUGGAAUGCUCUUGUGAAACUGAACGUCGUUGCAUCGUGCACCCUCAAGUUUAAAUUGUUUGGAAAGCAGCGAAGCAUAAGAGUUAGAGAGCUGGGUGUCUCCAGUUUGGAAACCCACAUGUCGGUUGGUGGCCUAGAACCCAGACAGUGGUGCGGAGUAAACGCCAACCCUCCAGGAAUAUUCUUGUCACUUCGGCUCAGUAUCAACCCCUUCAGGUACAUCCCCAUACUAGGAAAUUGGCUGUUUGACAACCGACACACGGUCUAUGCUUUCGUUACCUAUGACCAGUCAGAGAAAAUCAAGAACCUGCCGACCGUUGAUCUUAUCAAUGACAUCUUAGAUAUCAAACAAGUCGUGGAUCGAUUCAUGAAGGUAUUCAGUGAAAAUCUACAGAGGUUCAAGGAUCUUCUCUCCAAUACCGUGGCAACACUGCUGAACUUAGUCAACACCGCCCUCGCUGAUCUUAAGGCCGCCAUUCAGCAAAUUGUAGGCGAUUUACUUAACCUCACAUUUCCCGAUUUCUCUGUCGUAUUAGACACCAUCCAUAAUGCUUGGGACGCCCUAAAAACGGCAGCACAGAACUUCUUUGACGCCGUUGAAUUCAAUGUUGAAAUCGCCAAACACAACUUUACGGAGAUGAUCAAGCUCGAGGUGAAUCGCAUUAAGCAAAAUGUAGACGCAGCGAUCCAAAAAGCCAUUGGUAAAGUGACGUCUGUCACUGAUGAUUACUCUGGGUUCGGCGUUCGCUACAAGACGACCAUUAAGGUAUUUGGACUGGAGAUAUUUGGACUUCAUCUUGAGUUCGUUUACUCGGUUGGAAAGUUGGGACAGUGUAGCAGGUUCCAGAAGGUGUACCAAUUGCUAGCUGGAGAGAAAGCAGCCCGUGCUUUGGCUAUCGUUUCCACGGAACAGGGACUAGGUCAUUUCUUGAAAUUAAAAAGGGGGGCGGGGAUCGGAGCUGCAUUCGGCAUAGACAGCAAUACUUUCAUUCUGCAGCUUCACGCUGAGGUCGGUUUGUUGGGGAUCAGAGCAGAAGCUGACGUAUUUAUAUCCAAGAACAGUUUGACAACUUACGUUGAGGGGAAGGUAUGGAGCCUCUUCCGCGCCCGGUUGACAAUAUCAGCAGCGCUUGGCAAAAAGUGGUAUCAGCUGACAUACAUCGUGGAGGGAGCACUGCUGCCCGGCGGAAGUGACUCCUUUGACGGCAGCUUCCUGGAUGCACUUAAGAAAUCUGCAAACAAGAUUGCCAACGAAGCCAAUAAGAGAAUAACCCAAGCACAGCAGGGUCUAACUACGGCCAAAAGUAAGCUAAGUAAGGCACAGAACUGGCUUGAGAAAAAGAAAGCUGGUGUCCGCAGGGCAAAUGAUGCAUUCGACAAGACUAUUGCAGCACUAGAACGUGCCAAGAAGAAACUGGAUGCUGCAAAGGGGCCUUUCGAGAAAGCUUUGCAAAAGCUGAAAGCUGCAGAAAAGGAUGUGGAUAAACUAUGCAAGAUCAAAAACUGCAAGAAAGUCUGCAUUCCAGGAGUAAAAUGUAAAUGGUGUUAUAAGAAAAUCUGGCGAAUCAGAAUCCCUUACCCUUGCUGUAAGUGGACAAAGUGCAUGAUCGAAGUACCAGAUCCCAUUUGUGUGGCUGCUAAUGUGGUCUGUAAGGGCAUCCGGUUGGCAGCAUACGCCGCCCUAAAAGUGGCCCAGUUAGCUGUUAAAGCACCUAUGGCCGCUAUGGAUGUUGCUAAGGCCGCUGUGGCAGCAGCGCAGAUCGUGGUGGAUAAAGCAAGGGUGGUGCUGGACAUCGCUGAAGGUGCUUUGGAACUGGCUAAGCUUGCCCUGGAAGGGGUUAAAGCAACCAUUGAAGCUGCCAAGGCUGCUCUUGAAGUAGUGAAGUUUGCAGUGAGAGCGGCCUCCAAAGUGUUUGAGCUGAUUGUCACUUACGGGCUGCAGUCCAUAAUAGAUGUUAGGCAGUGUGGGUUCCGAGUGGAGCUUUCUACAGUCGAUUUACCUAUAUUUGAUGUGUCGUGUGAAGUGAAUGCAUUCCGCCUUGGUUGGAGGACCGUAAGGAUAAGGAUCAACUUUAAAAAUAUAUUGCAGAGCAUACUGGAAGCAGCUAAAGCUACAAUUAAAGCACUUCUGAAUGCACUUAAAGGUGUCUUCGCUGGACGAAAACGCCGCGAGAUAGAGUUUGACGUGAACGCCAAGAUGCACACCUUAUAUCGGGUAAUUCGUCAAACUGGGAGCAUCGAAGUAGGCGAACAACUAUUAAAUGAAACCCUUGACGUAAAAGAUGAUAUUACUGGCUUCAAGAACAGCACCCAUGAGGAUCUCAACAACCUUAGUGACGAGAAAAACAGAGUCGAUAUGUUUGCAGAAAAUUGUGACACUUUUAACGAAGCGGAGGGAUUUCUGCGUCGCGUCUUUGGUUCCCUUUUAAGUGUUGCAACUGACUCCAAAGCAUCGUUAGACAACGUGACGGCCAUGUUGGAGACCUUCCCAGAUGUUGACACCCCUCAACUAUCGAAUGGAUCAUUAGCGUCUUUCGGGGUUAAUGUUACAGUCGGUGAAUCUGAUUACAAUCUCACGGCUGAGGAGAUGGAGGCGGCAUUUGCAGAGACUUUGGCGAACAUCACGAAUGAUCCGGAACUUAAAGAGGCUCUGGGGGCAUCUACGUUUGCCAAGAGUAUGAUUCUGGAGGAGACAGAACAAGCAGCGAAGAUGGCGUUUGUGGAAUCGUGGAUCAGUGUCGCAGAAAAUAUUACAUCAUCAACAUAUCCGCCUGAUGUUUGUGCUAACUUCAGAGAUUGUGUGCUGUACGACCUUGGACGUCUAUAUGAUCUUUAUGAUACCAAUCUACAGUUAACUGGUGUCGAAAGCAUCAAGGGCUAUCUUCCCGCUCUGGAGAACUCAAUCCUGGCACUUGUGAACAGCGAGGAAGACAUAGACAUCAAUGAGGCUUAUCAAUAUAGCCGAAAAAUCAUGGAUCUUCUUGAUAAUAUCAGGCUUCAUGACGUAUUCUGUAAAACCGCACCGCAAAUCAUUGCAGGACCCAGAAACACCACUGUUUCGACUGGAGAGUCCGUGCAGUUCACAUGCGAAGCGACUGGUGAUCCCACACCGGACUACUCCUGGUUUAAGGAUGGAGAGGCGCUGGGAAUAACCUCGAAGACCUUGCGCUUGGAAUCGGUGUCAGAUUCGGAUGCGGGAUCAUACUCGUGCCGAGCUGAAAACUACAUCGCAGGCGUUGACUCAGAAUCUGGAUAUUUGACAGUUAUCAAUGUUGUAAUUGCAUGCCCGACUGCUUUUGCCAAGGUGGCCCACCCCUUCGACUGUGGGAAGUUUGUGGUGUGUGUGUGGUCAAGGCCCGUGGUCAUGACCUGCCCCCGUAGCCAAGCCGGACAGCUGGUGUGGGACCAGAGCCUAUUGACCUGCAACUACGUCCGUAACGUACCGCGGUGUCAACAUGACCAGCUCGGCGAGUAAAUCACGCCUGUAUCACGUAAACACCAUAUUGUUAUCACGUGAUGAUAUUGUGAAAAUGACAAACCAUGCUGAUUUUUUUAAAGUGUGUUCUUAUUGAGAUGCUGUUGCUAUGAAUUUUUUCAAGCACUCCAACACGAUAUAAUAUGCCCCUUUUUCACAGUUAUUCAGAAAAUCUUUUAUUGCUGGUCUGGUCCGAACUAACGCUUAGUAGACUGCCCCAUAUGAAAUAUUAUAAUUAUAAUUAUUAUCAUUAUUAUUAAACUUAUGAAAUAAUUAAAACAUCUGACUACUCAUACACACAUAUAUACACUAACAAACACACGUAUAUUACCAUGAUAAAGGUGACUUUAUUGGUUGAAAAAAAAAAAAAAGAUCCUCGAGCGACUUUCGAUAUUUACCACUUCAUAGGACAUUUGUAUUCAUAUAUAUAACAGUGUUAAAUAUAAUGCCUUCUUGCAUGUAUAGAUAAAAUAGUAGCCUAAUAAAAAUUUAUGGAAAUAAGUAUUUUCAGAGUGCGAUGCGACUUGAUCAAGGCGAUUGGAGUAUACAAUUAUGUACCUUCAGUGCUUCGUUUUAAACCCUUUUUUUAUCGUCUUAUAUUCCAAUAGCAUACCAAUUCCCUGCCGUGUGCCCCCCCCCCUUUGAACGCCUCUGGACCCCUUUAUCAAAAAUCCUGGAUCCGUGCCUGUAUAUCCCAGAGUAAUUAAUAAUCGCUCAAGACAGACACCCAACAGUACAAAUGUUUAACAAGUAUACAGAAAUCCUCAAAUCCGUGCAUACGGUUGUGAAAGAGGUUUUAGAUCACAUAUAUUGUAACAAUUGGGGUCAGUGAGGCUAGCAGGCCGCUAUAAAAAUCAUUAGAUGUAAUGUAAAUACUGGCCAAACAAUAGUCUGCUUUGUAUAACCUGGUUCUAUUUUCUUUUUUAAUUACUUUUCACUAAAUCCUACAGUACCUAAAACUAUCAUUGGUCAAAAAGGUUGUCCCACCAACAGUUUUAUGUGCUUUUAUUUAUAGAUGACCACAUCACCGGAUUUAAUUGCUAUGAAUGGUGAUUUUCAUUCCAGAUUCCAUUACUAACAUGAUUAGUGGUACAGAAAAUACAAACUAGCGGCGAAGAUAUCAAUAUUUAUACCACUUAUUCACUUUUAUUGCAUGUAUCCCCUCAAAUCUGAUGUUCCACUGUCAUUUCCACAUUAAAUUGAAAAGACACCACCAAACGUCACCAAAUUUACUCAUAUUUAGCAUUUGGGUAUGGUCGCUUAAGGUCACGUGCAUGUCUGUUAGCGUUUGUGUUUACUGUGUAAUAUAAUUACCUCCUGUAGACGGUGCUGCUGCCUUCAACAAGGAAAACCAUUCUGUUUUGUUGGAUAUCCUAAAAUGCUUGGCGGAAUUGGUCCUGACUAUUUGGAGUUUGGUUCUCCUCUGGACUGUUUGGUUCACUGGCGAAUUCAAUUAA